AGCAGCCUGCCAGGCACCGGAGCCCAAAUGAAGCCCCGAGCCUCUGCCCGCGCCUGUGCCAUCGUGCUGGUCCUGCUGCCGCUGCUGGCUGUCCUCCAGACCACCCGUGCCCAAAAGAAUGCCAUCGACAUCUACAGCCUCACUGUGGACUCCAGGGUCUCCUCCCGGUUUGCCCACACGGUCAUCACCAGCAGGGUGGUCAACAGAGCGGAUUCCAUACAGGAGGCCACCUUCCAGAUGGAGCUGCCCAAGAAAGCCUUCAUCACCAACUUCUCCAUGAUCAUCGACGGUGUGACGUACCCAGGGAACAUCAAGCAGAAGGAUGCAGCCCAGGAGCAGUACAGCGCGGCUGUGGCCAGGGGGGAGAGCGCUGGCCUCGUCAAGGCCACUGGGAGAAAGAUGGAGCAGUUCCAGGUAUCGGUCAGCGUGGCUCCCGCUGCCAAGGUCACCUUCGAGCUGGUGUACGAGGAGUUGCUCAAGCGGCGUCUGGGAGUGUAUGAGCUGCUGCUGAAAGUCCAGCCCCAGCAGCUGGUCAAGCACCUGCAGAUGGACAUUCACAUCUUCGAGCCUCAGGGCAUCAGCUUUCUGGAGACAGAGAGCACCUUCAUGACCAAUGAGCUUGCAGACGCCCUCACCGUCUCACAGAACCAGACCAAGGCUCACAUCCGAUUCAAGCCGACGCUCUCCCAGCAACAGAAGUCUGCGAAGCAACAGGACACGGUCGUGGAUGGCGACUUCAUCGUCCGCUAUGAUGUGAACCGCACCCUCUCUGGAGGCUCCAUUCAGAUCGAGAAUGGCUACUUUGUGCACUACUUUGCCCCCGAGGGUCUGUCCAUGAUACCCAAGAAUGUGAUCUUCGUCAUCGACACGAGUGGCUCCAUGAUGGGCAAGAAAAUCCAGCAGACUCGGGAAGCCCUCAUCAAGAUCCUAGAGGACCUCAGGCCCGAAGACCACUUCAACCUCAUUAGCUUCAGCGGGGAAGCAACCCAGUGGAAGCCAUCGCUGGUGCCAGCUUCGACCCAGAACGUGGAGGAGGCCAAGAAAUACGCUAACAGCAUCAAGGCUCAUGGAGGAACCAAUAUCAACGAUGCGAUGCUGAUGGCCGUGCAGCUGCUGGAGACAGCCACCCGGGAGGAGCAGCUGCCCUCAGGGAGCGUGUCCCUUCUCCUCCUCCUCACUGAUGGCGACCCCACUGUGGGCGAGACCAACCCCACGGUGAUCCAGAAGAAUGUGCAGGAGGCCAUAGGCGGUCAGCACAGCCUCUUCUGCCUGGGCUUUGGCUUCGACGUCAGCUACGCCUUCCUGGAGAAGCUGGCGCUGGACAACGGCGGCCUGGCUCGGCGCAUCUACGAGGACUCGGACUCCGCCCUGCAGCUGCAGGACUUCUACCAGGAGGUGGCCAACCCCCUGCUGACCGCAGUGACCUUCGAGUACCCAGGCAAUGCCGUGGAGGAGGUCACGCAGGACAGCUUCCGGCUGUUCUUCAAGGGCUCCGAGAUGGUGGUGGCCGGGAAGCUCCGGGCCCAGAGCCCUGAGGUGCUCUCCGCCAAAGUCAGCGGGCAGCUGCCCACGGAGAACAUCACCUUCCAAAUGGAGUCCCAGGUGGCAAAGCAGGAAGAGGAGUUCCGACAGCCCAAGUACAUCUUCCACGGCUUCAUGGAGAGACUCUGGGCGUACCUGACCAUCCACCAACUGCUGGAGCGAAUGGUUUCUGCGUCUGAUGCUGAUAAGCAGGCCCUGGAGACCCAAGCUCUGGGCUUGUCGCUGAACUAUAGCUUUGUCACCCCCCUCACGUCCAUGGUGGUCACCAAACCGGAAGGCCAAGACCAGUCUCAAGUUGCUGAGAAGCCCGUGGAAAGUGAAAACGUUCCCUCAGCAUCUUUCUCCACUGAUGGUCCUAUUACAGUGCUUGAUUACGUGGACGAAACAAUGGAAGCCCCCCUUCCCAUCGCUGCCCUCCAGAUGGUUCUGCCUGCCCCAGCAACCACAUCUGCUUCCCCAGCCCCCAUCCAGGCUCCCACCGUCAUCCUGCCUCUGCCUGGGCAGAGCGGGGACCAGCUCUGCGUGGACAUCAAGCGCACCCCGGGGCCAUCAUUACUCCUGCUCUCAGACCCUGACCAAGGACUCGAGGUGACUGGAGAGUAUAAGAUGAAGAAGGCCCAGUUCUCACAGAUCGAGGUGACUUUCAAGAAUCCCCAGCUGCAGGUCCAUGUGUCCCCUGAGCACGUGGUAGUGACUCGGGGCCGAAGAAGCUCUGAGUACAAGUGGAAGGAGACGCUGUUCGUGGUGAUGCCUGGCCUCACGAUGACCAUGGACAAGGCGGGGCUCCUGCUGCUCAGCAGCCCAGACAAAGUGACCAUCGACCUGCUGUCCUGGGACGGCCCUGGGCAGGGGCUUCGGCUGCUUCUGCGGGACACUGACCGCUUCUCCAGCCACGUCGACGGGAUCCUUGGCCGCUUUUACCGGGGCGUGCUCUGGGGACCCCCAGAUGCCACAGAUGACAGCAAGCGAACACUGAGGGCUCAUGGGUUUGACUUCAAUGCCACCAGAAAGCUCAAGCUGGAUUACCAAGAGGGGACCCCAGGAACAGAGAUUUCCUGCUGGUCUGUUGAGCUAUAGUCCUGAUGGCAGGAGUUAUACCCACCCACCAACCCCAAUGCCACCCCACUGUGUGCAGAUGGCUAUCCUCCUGUGACCACAGCCGCCUGUGGGGUCUCGACUGUGAUGGGGAGGGGAGUUCCGCUUAUUACAA